AUGACGUUUGACGAUUUAAAAGACAAGAUCACACCCGCAAAUCCUAGCCGCGAAACCUCACCAAAUCGCGGCUCCUCCGUCCCUCAACUCGAAGCCAUACCCAAACCCUGCAAACCACUUCGCCAAUGGCAGCAAGAAGCCAACAUCGACCGCAAUGCCCAAAUCAAAUUAACCAAGCUGGCGCACAUGCGGUAUCAGCACCCAGACCUCGAUGAAAUCACGACGUUCCUGCGAGACUUUGGCAUGACCGUAGCGAAAAAGACAGAAGGAAAGCGCUGGUACCGCGGCUACGGCUCAGACCAAUACGUCUACUACGCACAAGCCGGCGCGAAGAAAUUCCUCGGUGGCACAUUCGAAGUAGAAAGUUAUGCCGAACUAGAAAAAGCCUCCCAACUACCGGGUGCAAGCGGGAUAGAAGAAUUGACCGACGCGCCAGGCGGAGGCUACUUCGUGUCGCUGAAGGACCCAGAGGGAUUCCUGGUGAAUCUGAUUCAUGGCCAGGAGAAGCGGGAGUCUGGUCCAUUUCCGGAAGUCCUAACUACGAACUACGAGCAAGACAAGCCGCGAGUUGCGCGCUUCCAGCGGUUCACACCUGGUCCUGCGGCGGUGCAUAAAUUAGGACACUAUGGCUUAUGCGUAAAAGACUUCGCAGCGGAAAUGGCCUGGUAUACACGCACAUUCAACAUUGUACCCACAGAUUUCUUAUACGUGACUCCGCCCGUGGAUGAUGGUUCUGGUGGCGGAACAGGUGAAGCGACGCCGCAGAAAAAAGACGUAGCCAUCUUCGCGCAUAUUGAUCGCGGGCAGGAGUUCGUCGACCACCAUACUAUCUUCUUCAGUACGAAUAAGACGAGUCAUGUUCAUCACUGCUCGUUUGAAGUUCAUGACUUUGACACGCAGAGUUUGGGACAUGAGUGGUUGGCUAAGAAAGGGUAUACGUCAGUCUGGGGCGUGGGAAGACAUAUCCUUGGCUCGCAGUUGUUUGACUACUGGUGGGAUACGACUGGCAAUAUGAUCGAGCAUUAUGCGGACGGAGAUUUGGUAAAUGAAGAUACGCCCGUGGGGUGGGGCGAAGCUGGAGAUGAGAGUCUGGCGGUUUGGGGCCCGGAGGUGCCCAAGUGGUUUCUUGAUUAGCGUGCGGUGUGGAAGACGAGGAGUCGAAAAGAAUGUAUGCAGAAUA